AUGCUCAAGGAAAACGAUAUCAUCCAAAAAGUCCUCCUCACUAUCGAGCAGUACAAGGGGAACGCGAACAUUUUCAAGAAUUCCGUCCUCAACAAUGAGUACACGUCCAAGAAAAGCAACUUUACAAGGCUUCUAGUAUGGAAGACUUGCUUCAUUACUGAGAGUUUGAACCUCCAAGCAUGGGAAACGAAUCUCAAAACCUCAAGAGUUAUCUACCAUAAACUUAGGCAAUCACAGGAGAUGCAGUUGCCGUGGUGGAAGCUAGAUAUUGAUAGUCCAUUCUAUGCGCCAGAGAUAGUAGAUCGGAUCACUAAACUGUCUAAGCCACAAAGGUUGGUGAGAGUGCAGAACGUCCAGAAUGACCCACUUGUCCUGAAAAGUAGGUCACCUACUCCUCUGGGCCCAUACGAAAUUUCUGAAGAAGAUGUGGACCUAUUGCAGUCUAUUAUUUUGGAUAUACAUAGAUUAUUUCCUGGAGAGAAGCUUUUUCAUGAUGAAACUAACGCAGCUUUACAAACCAAAAAGCAGCUAGUUUCUAUUCUAUAUAUUUGGUCCAAGUGUAACCCUCAGGUUGGGUACAAGCAAGGAAUCCACGAGAUACUUGGACUACUCUACUUAAAUCUACUUGCCGAGUCUGUGGAGAUUCCUAACACCAAUACCUUCUCAUCGGACGACUUGAGAAUUCUUUCAUUGUACGAUGUGCAUUACCUUCUGCAUGACUUAUUCACGAUUUUGAACCGGUUCUUAAUAUCAAGCGGAGUCAUCUCCCAAUUCUAUCAGACCGAAACUCACUUGAUGGCAUCCAUUGAGCACUUCAAUGGCAUGCUCAUGAAGACCGACCAAUUGAUCCACUACAACCUCAUCACCAAGCUUCGUUUAGAGUCUCAAUUAUGGAUCAUUAGGUACUUAAGAUUGCUUCUUCUAAGAGAGUUAGGAAGCAAUUUGGAAAUUCCGUCCCUGCUUUGGGACAAACUUGCAGCCUGUCAGCUGCUUGCUGGAAAUGGCCAGCAAUGCAUUCCUGAUUUAAUCAUGUUUAUCAUUGCCGUUCUAUUGGUGCAUAUCAAGACUGAAUUGGUCCUUUGUGACUUUUCGGAAGCACUUUCGCUCCUUUUGCAUUUCCCAAUCACAUCAAGAUUAAACCAGGAUCCCGAAUUUGUCGAUAAAGUGUUUAAAGAUGCAUUACACCUUUACGAAAAUAAGGAUAACGACUUGAAACUCUACGAGUAUGGACUCAAGCUCAACAAGAAGUAUAAUUCGCGACUCAGGGUUAGCGUUGGUUACACGUCUGGAGACAGCCCUUCCAAUUCACUGAGCGCAGUUUCGUCUCCUAAACUGUCAACAGAAGUGACUAGAUCAAUUCCUACAGCGGAAGAUUCUCGAGCAGCCAAAAUGGCUUUUGAGAAGGUUCGAAUGGAGAUGAGGCUUAAGAAAAAGGCUCAACUGAUGCUCCGCAAUUAG